AAUAUACAGUGCAGCACUACACAGUUGAUUACUGAUCAGAGUGAAUUUGAUCAAAUAUCAGGCUUUUCAAUGAAAUAACGGUAUCUUGUCCGAUCCCAGUCCGUCUUGCAACUCAAACCACUUGCAGGGCCGCUUUCACCACCAGUGACAACAUGGUAAUGCCAAUGGAACUUGAGCUGAAGCAUGUGGAGCUGAGAGCUGGAGACCAGUUCAAAGUACAGGGGAGGAUUAUGGAUGAGGCUGAGAGGUUCCAGAUCGACCUGGGCUGUGAUGAAGAUGACCUGGCACUGCACUUUAACCCACGCUUCAAUGAUGACACUGAUGGUACUGUGCUCGUGUGCAACUCAAAGAUUGCCGGCUGCUGGGGUGAUGAGAAGAGAGAGAUCCACAAUCCACUCCAAAGGGGUUCUACAUUCAAGAUUGUGCUGAAGCUGACGGGCGACAUGUUUGAAGUGGAGAUGCCUGAUGGACAGGAGAUCCAGUUCCCCAAUCGUGAAGGCCUAGAUGUCAUUACCUACAUUCGUAUCAAAGGAGACCUCAAACUUACUUCUUUCAAAAUCUACUAGACCCCAAUAUAUGAGGGGUGAUUUAGUUAGAUCAAUGGGUUAGGACAGGAGCAAUGACAUUCAUCAAAUCAUUGUUCUAAUAUAUGUAUUAGUGAACUGUUGGACAUAUUAAAUAUGUAUCUGGGUUGAC